AUGGCAUCUCUCCGGCCUUUGACUGCGUCCUUGCGCUGGGCUGCCUCCGCGAGGGGCGUUGCCGCCGUGCGAUAUAGCUCCUCCUCAACCUCUGCCAUCGCCUACAAGGCCCUCCGCCGUCGCUCUGCUCCUCUCCCCGUGAGCGACAGCCCUCCUGCCUGGUCCGCCCAGUCUGCCGUCUCCAACAUUCUCUAUGAGACUCCGGUCCCAUCUACAGCUCCCCCCAAGCGCCACAUUCUUAACUGUCUUGUCCAGAACGAGCCCGGUGUCUUGUCCCGAGUCUCGGGUAUUCUGGCUGCGCGUGGUUUCAACAUUGACUCUCUUGUCGUGUGUAACACUGAGGUCGACGAUCUCUCCCGUAUGACCAUUGUCCUCACUGGCCAGGACGGUGUUGUUGAGCAAGCUCGCCGACAGCUCGAGGAUCUGGUCCCUGUUUGGGCCGUUCUCGACUACACCAACGCUGCUCUCGUUCAGCGUGAGCUUCUUCUUGCCAAGAUCAACAUUCUUGGCCCCGAGUACUUCGAGGAGCUCCUCCACCACCACCGAGAAAUUGCUGCUGGUGAGGUUGAGGUCGACUACGCCCAUGAGGCCAUCGAGCGCAGCCUCUCCGAUACCGCCAAGGAUUUCCACCCUAGUAAGCUGGCUAUUAGCCAGGCUCUCCGACACAAGCAUGAGCAUCUGAAGUCCAUCACCUACUUUGCCCACCAGUUCGGUGGUAAGGUUCUGGAUAUUAGCACCAACAGUUGCAUUGUCGAAGUCUCCGCUAAGCAAUCCCGUAUCGACUCAUUCCUCAAGCUCAUUGCCCCCUUCGGCAUUCUCGAGUCUGCUCGCACAGGUCUGAUGGCUCUGCCAAGAUCUCCUCUGUCGGAAACCAACCAGGAGUCCCUUGCUAUGGAGGCGGAUGAGGUUGUUGACGCCAGCCAGCUUCCUCCCGGUUAA